AUGGACAAUGAAGCGACAACACUACUUGUAACUUGCCCUCAAACCGUCAUUGCGCCUAACUGCGGCGUUUCCGAAGCAGGAAUGACGGCUAUCCUUAAGAAGAACUCCGUACAGCUGGUGGAUGUCAACAAAAAGAAUAGCACCGCGUCCCUGUCGUGUCAUAUUACCGGAACAACUUACGCAUCCUGCUAUGCUACCAACGAAAUUUCGGUUCACGCCACACUCGCUCCGAAAGACCUCAACUGGAUGGCACUACCAGUUAUGUCCGCGACAUCAACUACAACAGGUGCACUAAGCUCCUCAAUCUCCACCCAGCAAGUUAUGAUCACAUCUCCCGUGAAGCUGCCAUCAGGAACAGAAACGGCUGCUACACCGGCAGCUGAGAGCCAAGGAACAUUCUGGCUCAAAACCUCAUGGGGCUUAUACGCCACAAUGGGAUCGAUUAUGGCUGGAACUCUGGGGUACACCUUGCUUUUCCCAUUGAUAGGCUCGCAAUUUCAAUCUUGA